UCGAGACCACUCUGAGCCUCCGGUCGAGACCACCGCUGAGCCUGCGGUUGAGACCACUGUUGAGCCUCCGAUCGAGACCACUGCCGAACCCUCGUUCGAGACCACUGUCGAACCCUUGGUCGACACCGCUGCUGAACCUCCAGUGGAGACAACUGCUGAACCUCCGGUGGAGACAACUGCUGAACCUUCAGUCGAGACCACUGCUGAACCUCCGGUCGAGACCACUGCUGAACCUCCGGUCGAGACCACUGCCGAACCCUCGGUCGAGACCACUGUCGAACCCUCGGUCGACACCGCUGCUGAACCUCCAGUGGAGACAACUGCUGAACCUCCAGUGGAGACAACUGCUGAACCUUCAGUGGAGACAACUGCUGAACCUCCAGUGGAGACAACUGCUGAACUUCCAGUCGGGACCACUGUCGAACUUCCAGUCGGGACCACUGUCGAAACUCCGGUCGAGACCACUGUCGAACCCUCGGUCGAGACCACUGUCGAACCUUCGAUCGAGACCACUGCUGAACCUCCGGUCGAGACCAAUGUUGAACCUCCGGUCGAGACCACUGCUGAUCCUCCGGUCGAGACCACUGCUGAAUCUCCGGUCGAGACCACUGCUGAAUCUCCGGUCGAGACCACUGUUGAGCCUCCGGUCGAGACCACUGUUGAGCCUCCGGUCGAGGCCACUGUUGAGCCUCCGGUCGAGGCCACUGUCGAAACCUCGGCCGAGACCACUGCUGAACCUCCAGUGGAGACAACUGUCGAGCCUCUGGUCGAGACCACUGCUGAAUCUCCAGUCGAGACCACUGCUGAAUCUCCAGUCGAGACCACUGCUGAAUCUCCGGUCGAGACCACUGCUGAAUCUCCGGUCGAGACCACCGCUGAGCCUCCGGUUGAGACCACUGUUGAACCUCCGAUCGAGACCACUGUCGAGCCCUCGGUCGAGACCACUGUCGAGCCCUCGGUCGAGACAACUGUUGAACCUCCA